UUUUGUGUGUUUUGUGAGCGGCUCCGGUGGGAGGUCGUCACUCUGACGUGUGAGGAGGGCCUUUCUGAGACUGCAGGAAGAAAAGUUUCUGUGCUACGUGUCCAAGCGCUUUUCUCCUCCUCCUGCUUCUCACAGCAGCUCCCUCUCUCUCUCCUCCAGCCUGCAGGCUGACCCUCCACCUCCUCCUGCUUCACCUCCUCCUCCACUCAGCGGCCGAGCGGUGCUGGCGACCAUGUCUGGGACCAAGAAGCAGAAAACGGAUCUUCAGAGGGCAACUAACAUUGUGUACCAGGCCCACCAUGUGAGCAGGAGCAAACGUGGCCAAGUUGUUGGAACCAGGGGAGGCUUUCGAGGCUGCACCGUCUGGCUGACAGGUCUAUCAGGCGCAGGGAAGACGACUGUAGGCUUUGCGCUGGAGGAGUACCUUGUUUCCCACGCCAUUCCAUGCUACUCCCUUGACGGAGACAACAUUCGUCACGGCCUGAACAAAAACCUGGGUUUCACUUCAUCUGACAGGGAAGAGAACAUCCGCCGUAUUGCAGAAGUGGCCAAACUCUUUGCGGAUGCUGGCUUGGUGUGCAUCACCAGCUUUAUCUCACCCUUUGGCAAGGACCGAAAUGAAGCAAGAAAGAUUCACGAAAGCUCAGGUCUGCCGUUCUUUGAGGUGUUUGUGAACGCCCCGUUGGAGGUGUGUGAAAGCAGGGAUGUCAAAGGGCUUUAUAAGAAAGCCCGUGCUGGAGAAAUUAAAGGCUUUACUGGGAUUGACUCUGAUUAUGAGAAACCAGAUGCUCCAGAGCUUAUUCUGAAGACGGGGGAACUCUCUGUGAAUGAAUGCAUUCAGCAAGUGGUGGAGCUCCUGAAGGAUCAGGGGAUUGUUCCCAGUGGUGUAACAGAAGAUGUCAAUGAGCUGUUUGUCCCUGAAAACAAGCUGGACCUGGUACUUAGUGACGCCAAAAUCCUCCCUGCUGUAGCCAUCACCAAGUUGGACCUUCAGUGGGUUCAGGUGCUGGCUGAAGGAUGGGCUACUCCUCUAAAAGGAUUUAUGAGGGAGAGAGAGUUCCUGCAAGUUCUUCACUUUGGCACCCUACUUGAUGGUGGAACCAUCAACCUGUCUGUGCCCAUUGUGCUGCCAGUGUCCAAAGAGGACAAAGAGAGGCUGGACGGUUGUGCUGCUUUUGCUUUGGAAUAUAAGGGUCGCAGAGUGGCCAUCCUGCGGAGUCCUGAGUUUUACGAGCACCGUAAAGAGGAGCGAUGUGCGAGGCAGUGGGGCACCACAUGUCCCCAGCAUCCAUAUAUCAAGAUGGUUCAGGAAGGUGGCGAUUGGUUGGCUGGUGGAGAUUUGGAAGUGUUUGAGCGAAUCAAAUGGGAUGAUGGCUUGGAUCAGUACCGCCUUACCCCUAAGGAGCUUCGACAGAAGUUCAAGGAAAUGGGAGCAGAUGCUAUCUUUGCUUUCCAGCUGCGUAACCCUGUGCACAAUGGCCACGCCCUUCUAAUGCAGGACACUAAGCGGCGUUUGCUGGAGCGUGGCUACAAAAACCCAGUACUUCUGCUGCACCCGCUGGGUGGCUGGACCAAGGAGGAUGACGUUCCUCUAGACUGGCGCAUGAGGCAGCAUGCUGCUGUGCUGGAGGAGGGUGUGCUGGAUCCAGCCACCACCAUUGUGGCAAUCUUCCCCUCACCCAUGAUGUACGCUGGACCAACAGAGGUGCAGUGGCACUGCAGAGCCAGAAUGAUUUCUGGUGCCAACUUCUACAUCGUUGGCCGUGACCCUGCGGGCAUGCCGCAUCCAGAAACCAAACAGGACCUGUAUGAGCCCACGCACGGAGGCAAAGUGCUGACCAUGGCCCCAGGCCUCACAUCUGUGGAGAUCAUUCCUUUCAGAGUUGCUGCUUACAAUAAAGUGAAGAAGGCCAUGGAUUUUUAUGACAAGGAAAGAAAUGAUGAAUUUGAGUUCAUCUCUGGGACCAAAAUGCGCAAACUGGCCCGCAGUGGAGAAAACCCUCCGGACGGGUUCAUGGCACCAAAGGCGUGGAAGGUUCUUACAGAGUACUACAGCUCCCUGCAGAAAGAUUAACGCAUAGGCCAGUACAUGUUGCUUCAGCACACAUUAUGCAUAGGCCAGUACAUGUUACACUAGGUCAGCUUGCAAAAAAGCAACAGCCAAAUAUUCUUUUUGGCUUUAAAUCAAGUUAUAUUUUAUCAGAUUUUAGUACAAUAUAUUUAUAAAUGCUGUUAAAUUCAACAGUCUGGGCAUGACUCCCUGGACCAGUUUUGAACAUGUUACUGAACUAGAUUUUAGCACUGUGGAACAACUGAGCUGUUUUAAAAAUAAUCAUCUUUUUUGGGGGUAAACCAGCAAAAUAUUUUUUCUAAAUUGAUUUAAACAUUAACAGGACUUUUAGGAGUAGGAGUAAGGCUCAUAUGUUUUAUAUUGAAAUUAUGGAAACCUUACUGCCAUGAGUAGGAAUGGUCAUUUCUGACUUCUAACAUUUUUACCCAUUUACUCAUUUUAUUUUGAAGUAUAUUUUUAAAACAUUUUGUUUGUUUAGUAACAUUGUAUAUGUUGGUCCAAGUAUUCCAAGAAUCUUUUUAGGGUGUUUUCACACCUGUAGUUCAUAUGCUCUGGUCUGAAUCAGUUAAACAAGUUUGUACCUUGGGGCAUUUUUCCAUUGGAUUGGUUUGCUUUCACACACGAGAACAUUCUCUUCACUUAUUGGAGAGAUCUGUUUGGGGCUGGAGCAAAGAAGUUAAUGCAAGUAUAAGAUCCUGUGUUUUGGACUUACUUUGCAUAUUUCUGUGCCCUUAAAAAAUAAAACUACAGCAUAGAUGGCGUUUGUUCAUAGCUGGAGUAAUGAUCAAGAAUAACAUUAUGAUAUCGCUGUUAAAAAAACAGUACUAUAUAUAUAUACUAUGUAUAUACCUACAUAGUACUCCUAUAAAUUGUAUUUUUCGCACUAUAAGGCUCACUCAAAAUACUUAAAUUUUCCCCCAAAUCUUCAGUGCAUCUUAUAAUCCAGUCUUAUAAAUCAGGUUGUAAGCAGCAGUAAAGCCGUAAACCACUCCGCUGAAGUGCAGCAAUAUACAGGAUUUUAAGUUUAGUUCUCCAGCAGUAUUAGCAUUACCCACUAAGCGCUAGCCAUUCAGAGGUGUGUACUAUCGGCCUGUAGUCUGCUGCUAACCCUGGCUAGCAAUGCUAGAGCAGCAUUAGCAUUAUCCUCUAACCGCACAAGCCAUUUGGCCGUUCAGAGGUAAGUAUUAUCAGCCUGUAGUCUGCGUGUUUACUGUGUUAAAACAAGCUACGUGGGAUAAACCGCUAGCUAAUAUCACCCUGGUUUACCAGUACACUCAGGGUUGCUCUCUGUAGCAAUGCUGGGCGGCAGUUAUGUGGCAUUAGGGGUUAGCAGCUAAUGCUAAUACUCCAGCCUUAGUGAAAAUCUGGAAUUCUAAGCUUACUGUAAAUAAACGGAAGCGCUUUACUCACUCAGGAGAGAAAUUUGUGUAGAUUAAAAUCCAGCGCUAGUUUGACUUGUCUGACAUUUUUUUUUUCAGCCCUGUUCCUAACAAGUGACGCCUACAUGCACCUUAUAAUCCAGUGCAAAUUAUAGCGCAACAAAUACGGUACUCAAUUCAGCUGAAAAAGGAUAAUGGAUGUGAAAAAAAAAAAAAAAAGAGGCGCUCAUAAAUGUUAUGCUUGAAGCAGUUCAGCUCAAACUUGUACAAGUGAUAGUUGUGUUGGAUCAAGGUCAGAUCAUGUUCUCAUUGCAAAUCAAGCUUCAGAGUCUGCUGCAACUCGCAUUAAGUGUGAAAAUGAAUCAAAGUCAGAUGCAGACAGACUACAAAGGUGUGAAAACCCCCUUAGACAAGUAUACAUGUGAUUUGUGUAUCCAGAGGAUAUUUCUCACCUCCAGUCUCUGGUGUCUGAAAGGUAAUUCAUGUUCAGGAAGAACUUGCAGAUUUCGUUAUGUUAUAAAAACACUAUGCAACUAAAUGUGAUGUUUGAGUGUAUGAGGAUGCUUUUACAGGGUGUGUGUGUGGAUGCAUAACAGUCACUGACUUAGGAUCCAUGUUGAAGAAGCAAAAAACAUAUUUAUUGGCUUUUCUUGUUAAAGUAACAACCUAAACAUAUUUAUUAUUACAGAAAAAGAAUGUAGAUUUUUAACUGUAUCUUUUUAUGCAUACUUGAUGUUACUCCUUUUUGCUGAGUUUGUAUCAUUUUUCACAGGAAGAAAAAAGAAAAUCCUGUACAGGAUGUGAUAUUUUAAAUAAAACCCAGCAGUGCACAAAUUCAAGUUCAUGUGUGUAUCCAAACUGUUACAGGUUUUCUUACUCUUGCUAUUUUACAUUCCAAGCAAAUGAGGAGGGAAAUGAUUCAGCAGUUCCAUUCAGGUAUAGAAAGUCUUUUAAUAUUACAUAUUGUUACUGUCAUGCAAAAACAUUGUAUCUCCAUUGUUGCUGUUUUUAAUCUCAGUUCAUUUUUUAUAGCUUCAUAGAAAUGCUCCAAAACCACAUGGGAAAUGUGAGGUGAGAUCUAUUUUCCCUGGUCCCCUGUAAAGUUGCCAGUUAAGUCCUUGAAAAGACACAGGGUUUUUACACAAUUGCAACAAUAUUAUCUAUACCAGUAGUUUCUCAAACAAGAUCAAAAACCCUAGACAGUUGAGAUUUUUCAGAACAAAAUGUGGACCAUUCCUAAGACCCAGUUUCAAACCCACAGAGCCAUACAAUCUCUUGAGGAUAUCGAGGUACUUUUGCCAACCUCCAUUCCACUCUGCAUAUUUUUUUUAUCUUUUUUUUUUUUUU